AUGGAUUCAUUUGUGGGUAUCCAGGAAGAUGUAAAAAAUAAACUUGAAAGGUCUAUGGUUAACUUUAAGAAAUGUCCUAAAGACCGGCUUACAGGUGUUGUAGGGUCGAAAGUUGGUGAGGGUAGUGGUGCUGCAAACCAAGGGUCUGAAACAAAGGUAGUCUCAUGUCUUGCGACAGGAGGCAAUAAAACUAUCUUACUAACUACAGCCUUAGUAAAGGCUGAGUCGAAGAAUGGGACUUACCAUACAGUUAGGGCGUUACUGGAUCAGGGAUCCCAGGGUUCUUUUAUUACAGAGUCUCUGGUUCAGUAUCUAGGGUUGAAGAAAAGAUCUUCGAAAAACAAAGUAUUGGGGGUGGGAGAUAAGGGUACAACAUCAACGGCCGUAGUGGAAAUAAAGCUUCAAUCUAGAAUAAAUCCAUCGUUUCAAAUAAGGGUUAACGCCUACGUUCUUAAGUCGGUAACAUCGCUUCUUCCAUCGGCUAAAGUAGCUAGGGUAGAAUGGGUGGACUUGAACGAAUUUGAAUUGGCUGAUCCGGAAUACUUUACUCCUAAUAAGAUCGAUGUUCUAUUGGGCGCUGAGGUAUACAGUCAAGUCAUUCAGCAAGGAGUUAAAAAGAAUAUAAACGGGACUCUAUUAGCGCAAGAAACCACUUUGGGAUGGAUAUUAUCAGGUGCGUUUGAUGUUGAUCAAGAUAUAAAUUCUCACUCAAAAAUUACCGUGAUGCAUACCAGCGUCCAGGAUGAUGAAUUAUUGAGAAAAUUCUGGGAAUUGAAAGAAACACCUGGAACAAAAAGGAUGCUCACGGAGGAGGAAACCAAAUGUGAAGAAUUGUUUACAGUAAGGCAUAAAGAUGGCAUGGUGAGAUUGCCAUUACGGAAUACGAACCUGGUUGGUACGGGCGGCGAAUCCAAAGGGAUAGCUGAAAAAAGACUUAAGGGGUUAAAAGCAAAGUUAGCAAAACAUAAUAAAUUAGGGGCUGACUACGCAAACGUGAUACAAGAGUAUUUAAGUCUUAACCACAUGGUCGAAGAAUCUGAAAGAACAAAGAAAUAA